AUGUCACGACCAUUCGACGAUUGCGAUGCUCGCAUGCAAGGUUGUACGAGGGGUAAUGCUUCUAUUUGGUACUGUGUGGACUGCGCGAGUGAGUUCUGCGAGCCGUGCUGGGAGCAAUUUCUGGCGCAUCGCGAUGGCAGGGAAGGCAGAGAUGGACCGCAUGAGAAAGUCAAGUAUUAUGUGUACACCAAACUUAUGAGCAUAUUGGAGCCCAAGCACAGCAAAGAGAAAGUGGAAGAACUCCACGAGCGUGAUCUGGCUACUACCUGGUUCGGUGUAAAAAGAGACGAUGAUCCAGAGCGUCACGACAGUUUCCAGAGAACAGGUGAUCAGUCAAAUCGUCAACAAUUCCUCGAUUACGAUGUGUACUCCGAACUAUUGGGCAGUCCGCUCAGAAGCGGCAAAGAGAAAUACCCGCAAAUUGUGUCUUUCAUUGGACAAACCAAUGCCGGGAAAAGUACUCUGAUCAACAUGCUCAUUCAACUACAAGCAGCUGGUGUCCUAGCGGAAGGAUAUCCUUCUCCUGUCGUUGGUUUGAGACGGCUAGAGGCGCAAGCUGGAAAUGAAAGGCCCAACAAUGAUCCUAUCGAGCACACUCCAACAUCCGCCGAUGUACAUCUAUAUGCAGACUCCAGAAGCAUCGAUACACGAACGCCCUUGCUGUAUGCAGAUUGUGAAGGCCUAGAGGGCGGUGAGAGCCCACCAAUAGGUGCACGAGAGAACCGCAAGUCGCGGUCAAACCCUGAUUCAGUCUCCGCACGGCUGACUCCAGGUCGUAAGCGAUCAUUGGCAUGGGCAACUGCCGAUACGGAAAGGGAAAAAAGAAGUUAUAUCGUGAAAGAGUUAUACCCACGUAUCCUUUACACUCUCUCGGACGUAGUAGUCUUUGUUAUGCACGGCGCAAAUUCCAAGUACGUGCAACAUCUCCUCCAGGAAUCUCCUCACUUACGCUUUUACAAGAACAUUCGAGGUUCUGCUUUGGAUCACUUCGUUUACUAUAUGAACUACUGCAAGUUUUCAGUAGAGACCUUCUGGAGUCAGCAUCUCACUUGCGAAUUCUCCAACGGCUCAUAUCAAUGCGUCAACGUUGGCGUCAACCACGAUCCAAAAGGGCACCAAAACGCUAAAGGCAAAGUGAUACCCGGCGACUUCGAGUCCUGUUUCCAACCAGAAAGUUAUCUUCCGGUUUGGGAAGAUAGUAUUCGAUCGCAGAUGCGCGACAUUGAUCGCGAAUUAGGAAACGCUUCACGACGAGCACCAGGAUAUUCCAGAGAGGCUUACAUGAUGGAGAUUCACCAUGACACCACUAUCAGAGGUGGUGUGCGUGGUAUCGUUGAGCUGGAAGUACUUCGCGCCAUACAAAACCAAAUCGGAGACCAAAUUCCUAUCCAGGCGUUCUUCGACCUAAUCAUGGGAACAAGCACCGGUGGUAUCAUUGCGCUAGCAAUGGUCGCCAAAAACUGGAGCCUAAGGCGUUGCUCUGAUAAGUUCAGAUCAUUGUGUGGUACUGCGUUCACACCGCGGACUUUGCACAGCAUUCCUUUCCUGAGACACCUGAUAACUUUGAAGCUCACUUCAAAGUAUUCGACAGGUCCCUUCAGAGAGACGCUGAUACACAACUUCGGAGAAGAUCAUCUCUUCGGAAAUUAUGGAGAACGAAGUUCUUAUGUAAAUACCAAGGUCGCUGUGACAGCCACAGAUAAAACCGGAUCUAAAGCGAUCAUCAUUGCAAAUUACAGCCGAAAAGAGGAUGGAAAAAGCUCACUACGACCAGCGGAGUACGAAUUUCUACGACCUGACCGGUUAGAGAUUGGCCUUUCCAUCGCUGAUGCUGCGGCUGCCACAUCAGCCGCGCCGACCUUUUUCAAGUCAUUUGAACACGCUGAUACCCAUCGGACAUAUCUCGACGGUGCGAUUUAUCAUAACAAUCCCGUUCGGCUCAUGAACCAUGAGAGGAAGCUGAUAUGGCCUGAUGUUGCUGAUCGAGCGCCGGAUCUCUUCUUAUCGAUAGGUACAAGUCAAAACAAGGCAGACCCGCGAGUCGAGCAGCCUGAUGUGACAACGACAGACGAGGAUAGGACUCGACGACCAACGUUCCAUAUGAUGCCUCAAAUCAUCACUCAAAUGCGAAACCUCAUGGAUAACAUUCUGGACGCCGAGCAGGCGUGGGAUAAGUUUUGCUCCGACAUGGCCCCAACAAGAGAUGAUGCAUUGCGAUACGUUCGUAUCAACCCAGACAUCGAGCGUCAGCCGCCGAAACUGGACGAAGUCAAAAAGAUUGGAGAGUUGAUUCGGGAUACUCGGAGGGCACUGAAAACAUCCGCAAGCCGUGCUCAGAUUGCAAGGGUCACACAUUUACUUGUGGCUAGUACGUUCUACUUCGAAUUACUUGAUAGCCCGAUAUCAAUUAAUGAUGGGACCGUCUCUUGUUUAGGUCAUAUCCGUUGUAGGUUCGAGAACGACUCGCCCUUACUCACAGGCCUGGGAGAGUUCUUCGCAAAGCGCCAGACAGGUACUUUUCAGUCUUACUUUGAGAUUCAGUCUGAUCUAGAUAGUCCUUUCACUCAGAUUCCUCUGUCAUUGGAGACUAUAUCUGAAAUGCGGCAAUUGCUGUCGUUUCGGUUGCCCAUCUGCAACAUAAGGGCGAAGAGAAAGGACUCACAAAUCGAUAUCUCACUGCACAUUCGAAGCCGCGACCUGGCCCCUGCCAAGUACCACAUAAGUGGAUUUCCUCGAGCUGUCAUGAGAGACAAUGAACCUAAAAGUUCUGAUACCACGACUCCAUCGAAUGCAAGGAGAGAUUCGCUUCGUGAACCUCAUGAGCUACCCACUUCGGAUGGCAUAUCGGAGUUGAGCGCUUCACUGAGAUUACCCUCAGCUUCUUCCAGAAGUAUUCCAGAACAAAGUACGCUAGCAGACGCUGAGCAGGUACUGACCGGUAGAAAAUCGAGGCAGCGGUCGACAUAUACCUCGAACAAUCAGUAUGCUAAUCGAGAGCAGCAGCCGCACGAGUCGAUACCAGAGCGAACAAGGGGCCAUCUUAUGCCUCAAGACCUUACCCAGCGUGGUCAAGGUAUCCCUCGUAGAAGUAUUCCAGUAGAAUUACCUAGCAACGAUACACCUGCACUCAACAGGCCAUUGCAGCAGCACUGCAGCGAUAACAUGGCUCGUACCGAAACCAAUUCUUCUCCCUGGGAUGGAACCACUCAAACGAAUGACUCUCAGCAAACCAUGGGUUUGCAUGGUACGACGAAGACUGGUUCUGCACAGGUUACUGAGGGUCGCACCAAACGAAACAAUCAAAAUUCCCAACCGUCGAGCGACGCUACUCGUGAACCAGCUACUAGACUGGUGAGCGAUCAUCCGACUUUGCGAUCAAGUAGACGGUCCGGCUCAUCUGCUGACUUUCCAAGUCAAUCAGCAUAUAGUAGGACCAGACAACGGUACCCCGAACUGGAAGCACUCGGUCGCAGCAGUACCAACACACGUACCGGAAUCACUACACCUUCAAACAUUGCAAGAUCACCUACUCAAAGAGCUGCAAGUGACAGCAACGCGCCGACUCUAAACAAUAUCGACAGAACACGACCAGCACCCAACCACGGCCACAGGCAAACUUCCUACCAAGGACCAUCGCAUCCCAGCUAUGCAGCAAUACAACGACAACAAAUGUCCAUGGAACAUCCGUUAUCUUCUCUCAGUCUUCCCAUUGCCCUGGAGCGACCUCCCCUCACACCGUCUCCAGGUCUUUCUAUGACGGAGACUGCGCCAAGCGUGCAAACAACGUCUCCCUUAUCUGAGGUUUAUGAUCGGGAAAAUACACCACCGCGUGAAAGGCGCAGGUGGUUCUCGCUCCGUCCAAUGUCCUCGGUGGUGUUCGGUGAGGAGGAUCAUAGUGAAGUAUCGAAUGCGUCGACGUUCGGACGAAGGAGGUUUCGUUGA